CUCUUUCACCUCGCGGCUGGGAGUCAUGGCGGUCUCGCGCUGCCUCCAGCGAGGCCAGCAACCUCGGGCCUUCGGUGGAGGCCUCGCUUUGGCGUCUGCAGAGACGGUGAGAAGCGGACCUGCGCGUGGAAGUUGAAAACUAACGCGUGGAGCCCCGAAAUGAAUGUUGGCUGUGGAUGUGGGGAAAAAGUCACAUGAAAACUAUCUUUCCGCGUGGAAGGAUCUUCGUGAUGCAAUUUCUACAAGUGGCACAGUCUCAGCCUCAGUUUGAGGCCGAAGAGGAUGCCGCAGAAGAAGAUACUAGCAGCAGUGCCAUUUCGACUGCUCUGGACCCGAGGCAGAAUUUCUUGUGCGUGCAACAGAGAAGACCUCUGGAACAGGCUUGGGUGGAGUGUUCUUUUUGCUUCCCCUGUUGUGGCCUUUGGGUUGUGCUAAGUGGCAGGGAAACUUUGACAUAGGUUUGUUUUCUUUGCUAGGUGUCUGCAGUGUGUGAUACAGAACUGAACUGCUUUGCUUGAAGCAAGUGAAACGAUGAUUCCUCUCCUGUUGUUUUGAAAGCUUCACCUACUUCAUGAAAAAAAGGGGAAUCACUAUGAACGUCUUCAACUUUACAUCUUCAGAUCUACAAACUUGGCUGCCACCACAGCCCAGCCUCCACCUGCGUGGACUCCAGCCUCAAGUAGGAGAGGGCUCUCCUUCAGUGUGGGCUUGACCCUCCACCAUCGUGUUAAGGAUUCACCUCCCGUGCCUAAAAGGCAAUACCCCACUUAGACCAGAGCCUCCUACCCACCACGUGGGGUUCUCCUUCCUGCUUGCAGCUUCCAGUCUCUCCACCCCUCUACUGUCUCCCAGCAGAUCAGCCCUCUCCCCGAAGCUUUCUUUCCUAUCCAGCCAGGACCCCGGGAGUCAUAGUCUAAGAGCUACUCUCUCAUUGUAACCCAGAUUCUCUUGUAUUCCUGGCUGUCAGCCCAGCAGAACUCUGACCUUAAUUCACACUCUGAUCUGCCUGUGCAGUGUCCCCCCCUCCCCCAUGCUGCCCACUCCCUGGCCUGGCUGAGAGCUGCUGGCCAGUGUCUCAUUCCAGAGUGGAAUGGUACACAUUGGGCGUCAGCUGGGCUCUCCACACCAGCUGGUUCCUUGUCCUUGGUUAGCUCCAGCUUUGAUCCUGCUCAACAGUGAUUCCAGAACAUCACCUCUUUCCUCAAGCCUCCUCUUCUCCCUGCCAUACCUUGGAGAGGGGAGCUUCAACUUCCCAUGCCCCCAACUACAAAGUCACCUUCUGGCCAGAACUGUGAAGGGUCUGAGGCUUACCCUGUGUUCAAACUAACACAUCAGCCUGCUACAGUUGCCAGCUGUUGACCUAUUGCUUACAAAAAAUGCCCUGGGACAUAAAUUGCUCUACAGACUCAGGUUCUUUGAAGAAGUAGCUCCUGAGGUUAGUGUCUGCUGUUUCUUUCCCUGGUUCUCUCCUGCAAACUAGCUGGCUUACACUUUAGCCUGUGUCUUCAUGGAAUCUACCAAUCUCCUCCCAGUUGCCUUGCACCACAAUCUCUUGUUUUGAGAGCAUCCUUAGGCUUGAACUUCUCCAUUCUCUGUUGCAAAUAAAGUCAGUUCCUUUGGGAAGAGAUUAGACCUGUCUGUUUUAUAGCCUACUUCUCUCCCUAGGCAAAAAUCUCUGAGCCUGUGCUCCAGCUGGGUGUUGGAACAACGUUGUGCUUCUCUCUGAGUGAUACCCCUGUUUAGGAAUUGACCAUGUGGCGACUGCUUGCCUCUUCUGACAUGGAACCGCUACUUUAUGAGCCAGAGCAGAGAUGGCCAAGGCCCCAGUAUCCUCAGUGACAUCAUGCCCAAGGUGGAGCCCCCAUUCCAUGAAUGGGGGCUGAGCAGAAGGGAGUCCCCACCUCUUGGUUACACUUGCCCAGAAUUUAGCCUUAGCAGCAGAUAGCUGGGGAAGGAUGAAAAGUGCUAAUGUGUUGCUCCUCCCAGAAAGAAAGCCCUCUGACCGAGAGCUGAUGGGAGGUGGAUUUCUGUGCACUUGACUGUACUAAUCCAGAGUAGGGUUUUUGUCUCCACUGGCUGGGAGUAGGGAGGGAGGGCACGAUUUUGGCUCAAAGACUCAUCAAUUUUUAGUAGAUUUUCUUGAAUAGGUGUUUCUUCAUUUGCUGUAUAUCCAUAGGACCAUUUCCAGAUACUUCAAAUGGUUAUCUUUUUAUACUUUUCACCAGUUUCACUGCAGAGUGGGUCUGUGGAGUUCCAUGGGCUGUCAUGCUGGAAGUUUAUACCCUGCAAUGAUUUUGUUUGUUUGUUUUUAAAUAUUUAUUUAUUUAUUAAGGCUGCACUGGGUUUUAGUUGCAGAAUGCAGACUCAGUUGCAGCAGGAUCUAGUUCCCCCAUGAGGGAUCAAACCCGGGUCCUCUGCAUUGAGAGCAUGAAGUCUUACCCACUGGACCACCAGGGAAGUACCUAGUGGUUUUUAACUUAAUGUUGGCUUUUCUGUUAAUUUGUUAUCUUACAAUCAUAUUGUUUCAAUCAGGGAAAUUUGAAUACAACCUGGAUAUUUCGUGAACCUAAGGAAUUGUUAGCUUUUUUAGGUGUGAUGGUAAUAUUAUUUUAAAGAGUUCUUACCUCUUAGUAAUACAUACUGAAAUACCUGCAGAUGAAACAAUAUGAUGCAUGGGAUUUGCUUAAAAUAAUCAAAUGUGGACUAUCAUUGGGGUGGGGAUAGGGGCUACAGAUGAAACAAGAUUGGCUAUGAAUUGAUAAUUUUUAUGUUAUGUUGUAUUAGUACUUAUGUUGAUUAUUAUUAACAUGAGCUGCGUGGUAGGAGUUCAUUACACUAUUCUUUAUUCUUUCUACUUUUGUAUAUGUUUGAAAUUUUCCAUAAUAAAAAGUUAAUUUUUUUCUUUUGUCUACAUGUGAAAUAUACUUCGUUAGAUAUCUUAGAAAUGUAAGUCAUCAAGUUGAAUUAAAAUCUUGAGGAGUAUAUAUGCAUACUUUUCACCUAAGAUUACGUUUUACAGAACCGAGAGAUCAAACUUCAAGUACUAUAGGUUCUGAAACAAUUUUUAUAAGCAUCUUUGUAGAAAAAAAUUUUUUUUACUAAAAUCAAUUUAUUUUUCUAUCUGAAAUGGCAUGAAUUUCAAGCAAGUUCCUAAUCAAAAUUUAUCAGAUGUUCUAAUUAUGUAUCAGAAGCUAGUUUUGUCAUUUCAAUCAAAACCAUUUUUUGAUGAUUAUUUUAUGAAAAAAAGCCAUGAUGAAAAUUGUUCCAGUUGUAUUUCAAGAAUUUAUAAGAAGACAAAUUUAUGCACUAAAUUGAAGCUGAGUAGAAACUGAGCUUGCAAAGAGAAAAUACAGUUGAUGACAAAAUUUUGAAUAUCAGCUGGGAUGUUCUGGUUCAGUCAGAAUAUGGAUUAGCGUUUGUGAUUCAAACAAUUAGUGCCUAAUGCUGUUCAAGAUGUAGAACGUUUCUUUUUUUCACAUUCUUUUCUAUAGACCUAUUAAUGGGAAGUUUUUUUUUCCAAUCCCUUGAAAAUGUCAGCUUCUAGAAAAAAUGAAUGUCAUUUUGUCAGAAAUGAGAAACUAGUUUUGACAAUAGAUAAUUUGCCUAUUUGUAUGACAGUGCAGUUGAUAAAAUUUUGCACAAUUAUAAUUGGCCUUGGUAACCAAAGGAAACAAGUGUUAAAAUUAUGAAACGAAGUGAUUUCAUCAUUAAUCUCAAUUGUGCUGCCAUAAUAUUGUAUUUAUUAUAAUGAAUCAAGUAUUCCCAAAAUAAAUCAUGAUGACUUAUUAUUUUUCUGUCUGUGAUGCUUAACACUCUUCACUGGGGUUUUUUUUUUAUUAGUUUGGAAUCCAGAUUGAAUCCAUUUGCUAUCUUGAUCCCAAAUAUUUUUCAAAUCUGUGCUCCUCUCUCCACUCCUGCUAUACGUGGCCCAUAUCCACUUGGGUUACAAUUAUUUUCUAAUUCACCAGCCUGCCUUCCAUCUUGUCCUCCCAAAUUUACCUUUCGCUCAGCUAGCUGCCAGUGUGACCUAUAUAAGAUGGAGAUCUGACCAUCUCUCUCUUCUGUUUAAAAAUUUUCAGUGAGUCUGUAUGACUGAUAGCAAUUUUUCGAGUAUGAGAAUACUUUUCUAUAUAUAGGAAAGCCCUGCCCUCUAGGUUGAGAAACACUGUGGUAGAAGUUAAAGUAUGACAUUUUAGGAGAUUGGUAAGUAAUCAUCAAUGCAGACGUGAGCACUGACUGAAACCAUGUGGCAAUACUUGCUUAUAAGGGUCCAGAUGACCAGGAAGGCUUCUAUUAUACUUUUAAAAGAGCAUCAUUAGAUUGUGCAUCUAUUAGGGCUCCGCGCAGUUUUCCUGGGGAGGAUUUAGGGAACUCUUGGUUUGGGAACCUGUAGGCGACUGGUACCCAGAUCCCCAGUAUGCGCAAUGAUGAGUUUUUUAGGUGGAACGUUGGCUUGACAGCUGAGGAAGAUGUAAAAUGUUUAUUGGAGGCUUGAGCUGGGAUACAAGCAAGAAAGAUUUGACUGAAUAUCUGUCUCGAUUUAGGGAAGUUGUAGACUGCACAAUUAAAACAGAUCCAGUCACUGGACGAUCAAGAGGAUUUGGAUUUGUGCUUUUCAGAGAUGCUGCUAGUGUUAAUAAGGUUUUGGAACUGAAAGAACACAAACUGGAUGGCAAAUUGAUAGACCCUAAAAGGGCCAGAGCUUUAAAAGGGAAGGAACCCCCAAAAAAGGUUUUUGUGGGUAGAUUGAGCCCAGAUACUGCCGAAGAACAAAUUAAAGAAUAUUUUGGAGCCUUUGGAGAGAUUGAAAAUAUUGAACUUCCCAUGGAUACAAAAACAAAUGAAAGAAGAGGAUUUUGUUUUAUAACAUAUACAGACGAAGAGCCAGUAAAGAAAUUGUUAGAAAGCAGAUAUCAUCAAAUUGGUUCUGGGAAGUGUGAAAUCAAAGUUGCACAACCCAAAGAGGUAUAUAGGCAGCAACAGCAACAACAAAAAGGAGGAAGAGGUGCUGCAGCUGGUGGACGAGGUGGUACUAGGGGUCGUGGCCGAGGUCAGGGCCAGAACUGGAACCAAGGAUUUAAUAACUAUUAUGAUCAAGGAUAUGGAAAUUACAGUAGUGCCUAUGGUGGUGAUCAAAACUAUAGUGGCUAUGGCGGCUAUGAUUAUACUGGGUAUAACUAUGGAUAUGGACAGGGAUAUGCAGACUACAGUGGCCAACAGAGCACUUAUGGCAAGGCAUCUCGAGGGGGUGGCAAUCACGAAAAUAAUCACCAGCCAUACUAAAAGGGGACGUUGGAGAAAACAGGAAAAGAUCGCUAAAGUAACCCAUCUUGCAGGACGACAUUGAAGAUUGGUCUUCUGUUGAUCUAAGAUGAUUAUUUUGUAAAAGACUUUCUAGUGUACAAGACACAACUGUGUCCAACUGUAUAUAGCCGCCAGUUAGUUUUCUUUGUUUUUACUUUGUCUUUUGCUAUAUGUGUUAUGACUCGAUGUGGAUUUGUGUUUAUACCAAUUUUAUUUGUAUGAUUUCAUGUUAAACCUCAAAUAAAUGCUUCCUUAUGUGAAAAAAAAAUUAAAAAAAAUAAAAAAAUAAAAAAAGAGCAUCAUUAAAAUAAAAACACUAGACUAAACAUUCCUUAUAGGCUUCUGGAUAAAGAUGACAGAUUGAACACAUGCAUUUAUUUAUAUUCCCUCCUAAAACCCUACUAAGAUGAUAAUAAAGGGAGUAUUUUAAAAGCAUAAGCCCACAAGGUUGAGGAAGAGAGGAUGAGAGACCACAGCAACGCAGUUCUGCAAAUUGAAAGCAGGAGGAUAAGAGGAAACGAAUUUAGCAUCUCCAGAUAGCUGCACACUGAGCUUUUAGUGGGGAGACAAGAACCAAACCAAGUUACACUAUAGAAACUUCAAAGGGGUUAGGAGUUUUUGGCAUUUUGUACCUCUGAAAAUAGGAUAAAGGGGUGAACUUAGUAAGGAUUGAUAGAAAUCUGUUUAAGACAAUUCCCGGCUACACAGUCUUCAACCAUAUGACUGCCCCUCAACCUUGGCAAAAAACCAGAGGCUUGUUUUCCUCUAGAGCAGGGGUCCCCAACCCCUGGGGCUGAGGACCAUAGUGGUCUGGGGCCUGUCAGGAGCAGCAGGAGGUAAGUGGUGGGCCAGCGAGUGAAGCUUCAUCUGCAGCUUCCCAUCCCCUCCAUCGCCUGCGUUACUGCCUGAGGCACCCCCAACCCCCCACAUCUGUGGGAAAACUGUUUUCCACGAAUCCGGUCCGUGGUGCCAGAAAGGUUGGGGAUCACUGCUCUAGAGAGUUAGAUAGAGUUAGAUAGAUCUGGAGGAUACCAGGCACAGUUGAAGAUGUGGUACAUUAAUGAAGCCAGGCAUAUUAAGGGAAUGUAUGAACACUGAAUGUUCCCAGAGAGGAGGGCAAAGAAGACAACUGGAUGGAAAAUAGGAGAAAAAAAAUUAAGAAAAAGUAAGAGAACCGAUGCCCAAAUAAUAGAAGUUCUGGAAAGAGAGGGAAAAAGGGAAGGGUACAAAUAGUCAAUUAUAAUUCCAGGGACCUCCCCGGUGGUCCAGUGAUUAAGGCUCUGUGCUUCCACUGCAGGGAGCGCAGGUUCAGUCCCUGAUCAGGGAACUAAAAUCCCGCAUGCUGCAUGGCACGGCCAAAAAAGUUUUUUUUUUUAAAGUAUGGCGAUAAAUGCCAAAAGGCUUGGCUGGAAGAUUUGAAAGUGGUUGACUCUGGGCAAGAGGAAGUAGUGAGAAGAGAGUAGCUGGGGCCUACUGAUUUUGAAAACCGAAAUUCUCAUGGGGCUAUUUAAUUUUUUUUUAAAAAUUAGAAAAGAAGAAACAUAAAAAAAAAUUCUCGUGGGGCAUGUACAGAUCAGAUUUUGUCCUCAGGCCCAGUGCCUCAGAACAAAGCCAAGCUCUGAUGCCUCUCAUUCAAGGCUGUCCAUGGUCUGGACUUUGCCUGCUACUCUAGUAAUAUUGCUGCCUUUUAUUUUCUAUGAUAGCAUCACCUGCUUUCUUGUAGAUUUCCCGUAUGCAUGCCAUUCUCACACUGGUGGCCUUGCUUCUACACUCCUCUUUGCCUGGCUUAUUUCUUCCCUACUGCCCCCAAUCCCCAUCUCCCCCACCUUUUCUGCCUUCCUGCAGGUUAUUUUUGGCAUUCCGUUUUGAUUUAUUUGUAGUGGUUUGGGUGGUUUUUUAAUUUUUUUUGGCUGCGCCACACA